CAUCCACCACAUAGCCGCGGUAACCAGAGGCCACCACCAUGACGAGGGACCAGAAUGGAACCUGGGAGAUGGAGAGUAAUGACAACUUUGAAGGCUACAUGAAAGCCCUGGAUAUUGAUUUUGCCACCCGCAAGAUCGCAGUACGCCUGACUCAGACGAAGAUCAUCAAUCAAGACGGUGAUAACUUCAAGACGAAAACCAACAGCACGUUCCGCAACUAUGACUUGGAUUUCACUGUUGGAGUGGAGUUUGACGAGUAUACCAAGGGCCUGGACAACCGGAAUGUUAAGACGCUGAUCACCUGGGAAGGCGAUGUCCUCGUGUGUGUGCAGAAGGGGGAAAAGGAGAACCGUGGCUGGAGGCAGUGGGUUGAAGGGGACAAGCUAUACCUGGAGCUGAAAUGCGGUGACCAGGUGUGCCGUCAGGUGUUCAAAAAGAAGUGA